CAAUUCUCACUGUUCAUAACCCACUGCCAUUUCCAUUGUGUUCGAUGAUCAUGUGGCUCAUGAGUAUCUUUGUAUUUGCAAUUGCAAUAACAUUAUCAUUCAUUGCUCAUUGGAUUUUCAGGUGGCGGAAUCCUCCUUGUAAUGGAAGACUUCCUCCUGGUUCUAUGGGGCUGCCGCUCAUUGGAGAAACUAUUCAGUUCUUUAUUCCUAGCAAGUCGCUCGACAUGCCUCAUUUUGUGAAGAGCAGAAUCAAAAAAUACGGACCAAUAUUUAAAACAAGCUUGGCGGGACGACCCUUAGUAGUAUCGUCAGAUGACGAUUUCAAUUAUUUUAUUCUUCAACAAGAAGGAAAAAUGGUAGAAUUAUGGUAUUUGGAUACUUUGGCGCAGCUUGUUGGCCAAAAUAAUUCUUUUAAAGACGGUAUUAGUUUCGGACAUAUCUACAAGACUUUUAAGAAAUUAAUAACAGAACAUUUCGGUCCUGAAAGACUUAAAGAACACAUUCUUCCUCAAUUGGAAGACGUGAUUGACGAAUACUUGCAAGCAUGGUCAAAGCAGGACUCUGUUGACCUAAAACAUUCUUGUUGCAGGGUGAUAUUGGAUUUUACUUCAAAGUUGUUGCUGAGCUACGAUACAGAAAAAAAUGGAGACUAUCUAAGCAGAACAUUUGCCAGCUUUACAAAAGGGUUAUUUUCUUUUCCUGUAAACAUUCCAGGAACAACCUUUCACGAGUGUAUGCAGAAUAAGGACAAUAUAUUGAAGAUUAUAAAGGAAAUACUGGAGAAGCGGAAAGCUUAUCCUGAAUCAAGCAAAGGGGAUUUACUUGAUAGUCUGAUACAACAAAUGAAAGCUGAUAAUUUAUUUACAGAUGAUCUCAUUAGUUAUCUUAUCUUUGUACUUAUUUUUGCUACCUCUGAGACAGUUCCGGCAUCUCUAACUUUAGUUAUUAAGCUAUUGUCUGAACAUCCUCUAGUCAUGCAAGAAUUACAAAAAGAACACGAAGAGAUUAUCCGAAGCAGGGAAAACAAAGAAACUGGUGUGACAUGGAAGGAAUAUAAAUCCAUGACUUUUACGAUGAAUGUUAUUAAUGAAGCACUUCGGAUGAGUGGUUCUGUAGCAAUGUUAAGAAGAGCAAUGGUAGAUAUUUAUAUAAACGGAUAUACGAUUCCAAAAGGCUGGACAAUUAUGAUAGUUCCUGCUUCUGUUCACUUGAACCCAAAUAAUUAUAAAGAUCCUACUGCUUUCAAUCCAUGGCGAUGGAAGGAUUUGGGAUCAGAUGAGCUGUCCAAAACUUUUUUUCCAUUUGGUCGAGGAAUGAGACCAUGCGGCGGAGCAGAUUACUCGAAAGUGUUCCUUGCAGUGUUUCUUCAUGUUUUCGUGACUAAGUACAGCUAUAGCACCGUGAAGACAGGAGACAUUGUCAGAACUCCGAUGAUAGAAUUUGGAAAUGGGCAUUUCAUUAAGGUGACAGAGAAGCAAGAAAUGAAAUGAAGCCGCUGGAUUAAGAAAGUCAAUUAUGCAAUUAAAGAUAUUAUUGAGAUUAUGAAAUAAUUAUGUUUCAUAAAUAUAUAUAAAUAAAUAAUUAAUAAUGUAAUGGCAAGCAACUGUUCUUUUUCUUCCGUAUUUUCUAAGUAAUGAAGUGUGCAUGUGUAAGUUUGAAAUAAAUAAAGAAGUCCUUUUUUUUUUGUAA